AUGGCCGAGUGCUCGGGGCUGCAGUUCCUCAGCCCUUACGCCUUCGUGGCCGUGGUUCGCCGGGCCGCGCUCAGUGCCCCCGAGCUGCGGCUGCUGCUGCCCUGCCUGGUGCGCAUGGCGCUGUGCGCUCCCGCCGACCAGAGCCAGGGCUGGGCGCAGGACAAGAAGCUCAUCCUGCGCUUGCUCUCGGGGGUCGAGGCGGUUAACUCCAUCGUGGCGCUGCUCUCCGUGGAUUUCCACGCGCUGGAGCAGGAUGCGAGCAAAGAGCAACAGCUUCGGCACAAGCUGGGAGGAGGCAGUGGGGAAAGCAUCCUGGUGUCCCAGCUGCAGCAUGGGCUGACCCUGGAGUUCGAGCACAGCGACUCGCCCCGGCGGCUGCGCCUGGUGCUCAGCGAGCUACUGGCCAUCAUGAAUAAGGUGUCAGAAUCCAAUGGUGAGUUUUUUCUCAAGUCUUCUGAGCUCUUUGAGAGUCCUGUGUACCUGGAGGAGGCAGCAGAUGUGCUCUGCAUUCUACAAGCAGAGCUUCCAUCACUGCUGCCCAUAGUGGAUGUGGCUGAGGCUCUGUUGCACGUGAAGAACGGGGCCUGGUUCCUGUGCCUGCUAGUGGCCAAUGUUCCUGACAGCUUCAAUGAGGUCUGCAGGGGUUUGAUCAAGAACGGCGAGCGGCAGGACGAGGAGAGCGUCGGAGGCCGUCGCAGGACAGAAGCUCUUAGACACCUGUGCAAGAUGAAUCCUUCCCAGGCCCUGAGGGUCCGAGGCAUGGUGGUGGAAGAGUGUCAUCUGCCAGGUCUUGGCGUGGCUUUGACCUUGGAUCACACCAAAACCGAAUCUUCAGAUGAUGGAGUGAGUGACCUGGUGUGCUUUGUUAGUGGUUUGCUGCUUGGAACCAACGCAAAGGUGCGAACUUGGUUUGGGACUUUUAUCCGAAAUGGUCAACAGAGAAAAAGAGAUAACAUCAGCUCAGUGCUUUGGCAGAUGAGGAGGCAGCUGCUCCUGGAGCUGAUGGGGAUCCUCCCCACGGUGCGCAGCACACACAUCGUGGAAGAGGCCGACGCGGACACGGAGCCCAACGUGUCUGUGUACUCGGGGCUGAAGGAGGAGCACGUGGUGAAAGCCAGUGCCUUGCUGAGGCUCUACUGCGCCCUGAUGGGCAUUGCUGGGCUGAAGCCAACUGAUGAAGAGGCUGAGCAGCUCCUGCAGCUGAUGACCAGUCGCCCUCCUGCCACUCCUGCCGGUGUCCGCUUCGUGUCCCUGUCCUUCUGCAUGCUCCUGGCCUUCUCCACCCUGGUCAGCACCCCAGAACAGGAGCAACUGAUGGUAAUGUGGCUUAGUUGGAUGAUAAAAGAAGAAGCUUACUUUGAAAGCAUCUCAGGUGUGUCAGCUUCCUUUGGGGAGAUGCUUCUCCUGGUAGCCAUGUACUUCCACAGUAACCAGCUCAGUGCCAUCAUUGAUUUGGUCUGUUCUACCUUGGGAAUGAAGAUUGUCAUUAAGCCCAGCUCACUCAGCAGGAUGAAGACAAUCUUCACACAGGAGAUUUUCACUGAACAGGUUGUGACAGCCCAUGCAGUCCGUGUGCCUGUUACAGGCAACCUCAGUGCCAACAUCACAGGCUUCUUACCCAUUCACUGCAUUUACCAGCUCCUCAAGAGUCGUUCCUUCACCAAGCACAAGGUGUCCAUCAAGGACUGGAUCUAUCGACAGCUCUGUGAAACCACCACUCCACUCCAUCCUCAGCUGCUCCCUCUGAUUGAUGUCUACAUUAACUCCAUCCUCACUCCUGCAUCUAAAUCCAACCCAGAGGCCACAAAUCAGCCUGUCACAGAACAGGAGAUACUGAAUGUUUUCCAAGGACUCUCUGGGGGAGACAAUACUCGACUUACUCAGCGCUUCAGCAUCACAACACAGUUGCUCGUCCUCUACUACGUCCUGUCCUAUGAGGAGGCACUUCUGGCAAACACCAAGAUCCUGGCUGCCAUGCAGAAAAAACCCAAAUCUUACUCUUCAGCAUUAAUGGAUCAGAUUCCAAUCAAGUACCUGAUCCGGCAGGCACAGGGGCUGCAGCAGGAACUGGGAGGCCUGCACUCCGCUCUGCUGCGUCUCCUGGCGACCAACUACCCACACCUCUGCAUCGUGGACGACUGGAUCUGUGAGGAGCAGAUCACAGGCACUGAUGCCCUGCUGAGGAGGAUGCUCCUUACCAACAUUGCCAAGAAUCACUCUCCCAAACAGCUCCAAGAAGCCUUUUCCAUGCUGCCUGGAAAUCACACCCAGCUGAUGCAGAUCUUGGAGCACCUGACCCUUCUCUCAGCUGGUGAGCUGAUCCCCUACGCAGAGGUGCUGACAUCCAACAUGAGCUGCCUGCUGGACACCGGAGUCCCGCGGGGCAUCCUGCAGGCUGUCAACAGGCUCUGGAUGGUGCUCAACACUGUCAUGCCCAGGAGGCUGUGGGUGAUGACUGUCAAUGCUCUGCAGCCUUCAGUAAAGAUAGUCCGACAGCAGAAAUACACCCAGAAUGAUCUGAUGAUUGAUCCCCUGAUUGUACUGAGGUGUGAUCAGAGGGUGCAUAGGACUCCUCCUCUGAUGGAUAUAACGUUGCACAUGUUGAAUGGGUAUCUCCUUGCCUCCAAAGCUUACCUCAAUGCUCACCUGAAAGAAACAGCAGAGCAGGACAUUAGGCCAUCCCAAAACAAUGCAAUGGGUCCAGAGGCUCCAGAAGUGACAAGGGAAGAGUUAAAAAAUGCAUUGCUUGCUGCUCAGGACAGUGCUGCUGUGCAGAUUCUUCUAGAGAUCUGCUUACCCACAGAGGAAGAGAAAGCCCAGAGCAGCAAUACUCAUGGUUUGCUGAAGGGUGUCCAGAGUCCCACAGGCCCCAAGAGUGCUGAGCUGGAAGAAGAAGACAGUUUGCUGUGUAACCUGCGAGAGGUCCAGUGCCUCAUCUGCUGUUUGCUGCAUCAGAUGUACAUUGCUGACCCCAACAUAGUCAAACUCGUUCACUUCCAGGGUUAUCCAUGUGAACUUCUGGCACUGACAGUGGCAGGGAUCCCAUCCAUGCACAUCUGUCUGGAUUUCAUUCCAGAGCUCAUUGCCCAGCCUGAACUUGAAAAACAGAUAUUUGCCAUCCAGUUACUCUCAUACUUGUGUAUCCAGUAUGCACUGCCUAAAUCUCUGAGCGUGGCUCGUUUAGCCAUCAACGUGAUGGGAACUCUGCUCACAGUUCUGACGCAGUCGAAGCGCUAUGUGUUCUUCAUGCCCACCCUGCCUUGUUUGGUGUCCUUCUGCCAAGCCUUUCCUCCCCUGUAUGAGGAUAUUAUGUCUCUGCUGAUACAGAUAGGACAAGUUUGUGCCUCUGAUGUUGCUACACAGACACGAGACUUUGACCCCAUAAUUACACGUCUCCAGCAGCUCAAGGAAAAACCACAUGAACACUCAGGACUUUGUAAAGAUUCAUCUUCCAAAAGCUGCUCCAGGGACAUUUCUAGCCUGGACCCUGACGUUCGGUUGUGCCAGUGUGUGGAGAACACCAUCAUUGAGAUCAUUAACAUGAGUGUCAGUGGAGUUUAG